GUUAUAGGAGCGCCGCACGCCGAUCACGCCCGCCGAUCGCGGGGCCGCCCGGGGGCGUUAUGCGGACGCGUUAUACGGGCGGCAGAGCCGAGGGAGAAGCCAUGAGCGAGCAGAGCGCCUACACCCGUCUCGAGACCCGCUUCGCGCGCCUGGGCGCGCUGCACGAGGCCAUGGCCGUGCUGCACUGGGACAGCGCGGCGAUGAUGCCGUCCGGCGGGGCCGACGCGCGCGGCGAGCAGCUCGCCCAGCUCAGCCUGAUGGCGCACGAGCUGGUGAGCGACCCGGCGGUGGCCGACUGGCUGGCCGCGGCGGAGGGCGAGGCCGAGGCGCUCGACGACUGGCGCCGGGCCAACCUGCGCGAGAUGCGCCGGGCCCACAGCCAUGCCACCGCCCUCUCGCCGCGCCUGGUCGAGGCGCUGCGCCGGGCCUGCCAUGCCUGCGAGGGGAUCUGGCGCGAGGCGCGGCCGGACAACGACUUCGCGCGGGUCAAGCCGGCCCUGGCGGAGGUGCUGGCGCUGACCCGCGAGGCCGGACAGGCCAAGGCCGAGGCGCUGGGCAAGUCGCUCUACGACGCGCUGCUCGACCAGUACGAGCCGGACGGCUCCUCGGCCGCCAUCGGGCGUCUGUUCGACGAACUGGCCGAGCGCCUGCCGGUGCUGCUGAGCGACGUGCUGGAGCGCCAGGCGCGCGCGCCGGCGCCGGUGCUGCCGGCCGGUCCCUUCCCGGCGGCGCAGCAGGCCGAGCUGGCGCGCCAGCUCAUGCAGGCGGUGGGUUUCGACUUCCGCCACGGCCGGCUCGACACCUCGGCGCAUCCCUUCACCGGCGGCGUGCCCGACGACGUGCGCCUGACCACCCGCUGGGACGAGGCGGACUUCAUGACCGGGCUGCUCGGCGUGCUGCAUGAGACCGGCCACGCGCUCUACGAGCGCGGCCUGCCGCGCGCCUGGCACCGUCAGCCGGUCGGCGAGGCGCGCGGCAUGGCGAUCCACGAGAGCCAGUCGCUGCUGAUCGAGAUGCAGGCCUGCCGCUCGCGCGCCUUCGUCGACUACCUGGCGCCGCUGGCCCGCACGGCCUUCGCCGGCUCCGGCCCGGAGUGGGAGGCCGACAACCUCUACCGCCUCUACACCCGCGUGCAGCCGGGCUUCAUCCGGGUGGACGCCGACGAGGUGACCUACCCGGCCCACGUGAUCCUGCGCUUCCGCCUGGAGAAGGCGCUGCUGGAGGAGCGCAUGACGCUCGGCGACCUGCCGGGCGCCUGGGCCGACCAGCUCCAGGCCCUGCUCGGCAUCACGCCGCCGGACGACCGCCGCGGCUGCCUGCAGGACAUCCACUGGUACGACGGCGCCUGGGGCUACUUCCCGACCUACACCCUGGGGGCGAUGGCGGCCGCGCAGCUCUUCGACGCGGCCUGUCGGGCGCAUCCGGAGAUUCCCGCGCAGCUCGGGCGCGGCGACUUCGCCACGCUGCUCGCCUGGCUGCGCCGCCACGUGCACGGACAGGCCGCGCGCUACUCCACUGAGGAGCUGCUGGUGCGCGCCACCGGCCGGGCGCUCGAUCCCGAGAUCUUCGAGGCGCACCUGCGCCGGCGCUACCUGGGGGCGGACGAGAGCAGGUUGUGA